AUGAGGGGCGCGGGCGCCUGGGCCCCGCUCUGCCUGCUGCUGGCCGCCGCCGCCCAGCCCUCGCGGCCGCAGCCCCCGGAGAGACCUGUUUUCACAUGUGGCGGCAUUCUUACUGGCGAGUCUGGCUUUAUUGGCAGCGAAGGUUUUCCUGGAGUGUACCCUCCAAAUAGCAAAUGUACCUGGAAAAUCACACUGCAGCAAAGCCUUUACCCCUCGGACAAGACAUUGAAGGAUCUCAGCGAAAAUGAACAGCCCCAAGGGAAGGACCUCCAGACACUGACUUUUGGGAGACCCCGGGCAAAAGCCAAAAUGCUGCUGAGUUUAGCUGUGGUGAAACUUCUGGAAGCUCCUAGUGAAAUAAUGAGACUUGUGCAUAAAGGGAGAACCUCCAGCACUGCUGAGUCUGAGCUCUACAUGAGGUUAUGGGUCUGGGGUGGGAGGAAUAGAGGAAAAGGGGAUCAGUACUGUGGAGGACUCCUUGAAAGACCUUCCGGCUCUUUUAAAACCCCCAACUGGCCAGACCGUGAUUACCCUGCAGGAGUCACUUGUGUGUGGCACAUUGUAGCCCCAAAGAAUCAGCUCAUAGAAUUAAAGUUUGAGAAGUUUGAUGUUGAGCGUGAUAACUACUGCCGGUACGAUUAUGUGGCCGUGUUCAACGGCGGGGAGAUCAAUGACGCAGAAAGAAUUGGGAAGUAUUGUGGCGACAGCCCCCCUGCGCCAAUUGUAUCUGAGAGAAAUGAACUUCUCAUUCAGUUUUUAUCAGACUUAAGCUUAACUGCAGAUGGAUUUAUCGGUCACUACAAAUUCAGGCCAAAGAAACUGCCGGCAACUACAGCACCACCUGUUACCACCACCUUUCCUGUGACUACAAGUUUAAAACCCACCGUGGCCCUGUGUCAGCAGAAGUGUAGACGGACGGGGACUCUGGAGAGCAAUUAUUGCUUGAGUAACUUUGUCUUGGCUGGCACUGUUAUCACCACCAUCCCUCGAGGUGGGAGUUUGCACGCCACUGUCUCAAUCAUCAACAUCUAUAAAGAGGGAAAUCUGGCAAUUCAGCAGGCCGGCAAGAACAUGAGUGCCAAGGUCGUCGUGGUCUGCAAGCAGUGCCCACUCCUCAGAAGAGGUCUAAACUACAUUAUUAUGGGCCAAGUGGGUGAAGACGGGAGAGGCAAAAUCAUGCCCAACAGCUUUAUCAUGAUGUUCAAGACCAAGAAUCAGAAGCUCCUGGACGCCUUGAAGAGCAAGCAAUGCUAA